AUGGAAGCGAGAAGCAAAAAUAUACAAGCGAGAGAUGUUUAUUUACAAGGAACUCCCCUAAAACCAGCAGCUUUGCCUUCACGAAAUCAACUUGCAUUUUCUUCUGCUAGAUCGCAAGAAAAAACGAAAGAGAAGGUUGAUCCUGUUGAAAACGCAGUUUCACAAAGCUUUCUUGAUGGAGAAUGGGAGCGAAUGAAUGCAGAUCCUGCCAUUGAUUUUGCCAAAGUUCGACCAGACUCGCGUUUUGCUGAAAUAAGCUGCCCGUUUCCAACAACCCCUGCAAAGAAAAUCAGCCCUGGUAUUUUGGACAUUCCGAACGAGCAAGAAUCUUCGCAAGAAAUGUCGCCACCCAGAGACUACAAAUCCUUUAAUCUUUCUGACAUUCUCGACUCUCCAUGA